AUGUGAAUUAGGUACGCAUCAACUGCAGAGUUAAAUUUAGGACAAUACGCACCACGACCUACCCGAAAUCAUUACAAUGGAGACCUGUUAUAGCACACUUUGGAUGACAGUUGUUCUGGCAUUGAUUACGCGGAGAUCAGCCGCGGUAGGGCCGGUUAUCCGGUGUGAACCUUGUGAUGCUGGAGCCCGGCUCCUCUGCAAGCCGUUGCCCAAGGACUGCACCGAGAGAGUUCGCGAAACUGGCUGCGGGUGCUGCAUGACUUGCGCGCUGGCAUUUGGACAGCCGUGCGGGGUGUACACGGGGAGAUGUGGCUCCGGGAUGACAUGCCAGCAGCAGCCCGGAGAGACGAAACCUCUCCAAGCUCUGCUGGAGGGACGAGGACAGUGUGCGAUUGCGACCAUUAAAAGAUCCACCGCCGCUUUACCAGCCGUCAAUGAGAUACAAGAGAAUGUGGGUGGUACUCAGGAGGAGGAGCAAAACACCACCGCCCCAGUGAUCCAAGCCCCCCAAGCCCUUUUCAGCACCAACAGACCUCCUGUAGGCCCCCCCAGACUCCCCCACCACCCCUCUCUCCUCCACCCUGUCAAGGCAGUGGUCAUCCACAGGGAGCAGCUGAAGAGGGCCCGGAGCUACAAAAUGGAGGAACUCCCUGGAGCUCACAGCACAGACCAACAGAACUUCUCCCUGGAAUCCAAGCAGGAGCCAGAGUAUGGUCCCUGUCUUAGAGAGAUGGAGAGUGUCCUCAAAGGACUGAAGAUCACAGACAUCCUCAACCCCAGAGGCUUCCACAUCCCAAACUGUGACAAUAAGGGCUUCUACAAAAAAAAACAGUGCCGUCCAUCCAAGGGCAGAAAGCGAGGGUUUUGCUGGUGUGUCGACAAGUAUGGGCAGCCAUUGCCAAGUUUCAACGGGAAGGAGAGAGGAGACACCCAGUGCUACAACUCUGAGAGCCAAUAAGACCUGAGCAGCAAGAAGGAACCAGAGAGAGAGAGAGAGAGAGGUGGAGAGAAAGAAAAGGGAGCCAUGAACACACAGAAAAACUAUGAGGAUAUCGGGAUCCAAAAGGGUCCAAAAUGGCUGGGCCUGGACGUGUUGGCUGGCAUUGAUGAUACUUCGCUAACAGGACCGUGUGGAAGGCAGGGCAGGAGGAGUGGCUUGAGAAGAGGACUCAUCCAAUCACRCUCCUUGUGUCCAACACACACCCUCCAAUGCUAUGUGUUGCUCCUAUGCACUGUAAGCAGUGUGUGGAUGGAUUCUCCAUAGACAGAGGCCAGUACUUCUAAGAAGGACAAAUUAGAUAAUUAAUUCCAUUGCAGAGGGCUAGCCUUGAUGAUUACAGACUUGAUGACAGAGACUCAUAUACAGUAAUUCUGUAUGUUUGAUAUGUUACUGUGUGUGUGUGUGUGCGUGUGCGUGUGUGUGUGUGUGUGUAAAAUACAAGUGUGUCUAUCUGUGUAACCGCUGGUGUGUGACCACCCUGUGGCACAGUACAGUACAAUGUCAUAAAACGCCUUCCCACUUUGUGCCAGAGGAUACAUACAUCAGCUUUUAGUCCAACCUGUAUCUCACUGCAGCAUCACUGCCCUUUUCUCAGGACCCUUUAAGGGAGUUGACUAUAAAGCUGGAUAUUGUUCUCAUCUUCCYUAUGAAACUUAUAUACAUCUUCAUGUAAGUACAUUCCCUAUACUUCCACCAGUGGAACAUACAGUGCAUUCGGAAAAAUGUUCAGACCACUUGACUUUUUCCACAUUUUGUUACGUUACAGUC